AUGAAACGAAAAGUUUCAGAGGAGUCUCAGAUGAAGUGUAGUGACUAUGACUUGGAAUUUGGAACUGAGUGUUUGCAUUUGGCUCUAAAAUACAGUCAUAUCAAAGCAAAACUUGUGGAAGGAUCCCCUGACCUCUGGAAGGUGACCUACAAACGAGAUCUGUAUGCAGCUGAAUCGAUUAUUAAGGAAAGAAUUUCACAACAAGUUUGUAUAAUUAUGGACACAAAAGAAGAUGAAGAACAUGUAGGUCGUUGUCUUGAAGAAAUGCUAAAAACUGAAUUAAAUCAUGUGAAAGUCAUAUCUGGCCAAGAUCUUCAGCAAAUCAUCUUAGAGCAAUGCUACAGUUUUGUUUGUGUGAAUGUUAUGACCUCUGAUUUUGAAGAAACCCAGAGGUUACUGAAUAUGCUGCAAGAGAGUAAUCUUUCCAUUUUAUAUCCUGUUGUGGUUAUUUCAGUGCAUUUUCUUGAUUAUGAAUCAGUACCAUUUGGUCAGAAAAUGGAAAAGGUAAUGCAGAUUAGAGAGUUUGCCAAGGAGGCGAAAAAAAGAAAUAUUUUAUUAUCUGGCCUUCUCAUAUAUUUCCCGCAGGAGGAACAGAAGCUACGGGAAAGUUUAAGGCAAGGCGCCACCAUUAUUGCUGCUUUAAUCAAAGAAAGAAAUUCUGGACUCAUUGGUCAACUACUGGUAGCAUAAAGAACAUGGAGGAAAUUACCUGCUGUGUUCUUAGAAACAUUCCCCUAAGUAUUUCUUUUGUUCUUCCCUCCAAAUUGUAUAUGGUAGAAUGUUGAAGUUGUCUUUUAUAAUUUGUAGGAUGUGAUGCUUGGGUAAACUUAAAAACAUUUUUAUGUGUGCCAAAUAUAAAUUGCCUAAAUUGGAAAAGAGCAAAUAAGGGGAAAAUAAUGGCCUUCAUAUAAAGAAUCUUUUCACAAAGGCAUGAAAGGGUAAAAUAAAAAUAAUGAGAAGUCAGCUAAUUCUCCAAGGAAUGAAAGUUUAGAAAAUGUCAACUAUUAUCUCUAUGUUAAUUAGUAAAUCACUAUAUAAUGAAACUAAUAAUUAAGAUUAAUGAUUAUUGUUAAUACUAACAGUAUCCUGUCUCCGUGGGUUAUUUUGAAUUGCAUUCUGAUUUUUCAUACCUUGACAAAAAAGAGAGAGCAGUGAACUAUGAUCUGAGUGUCUUCACCAAUAGCCUACAUUACUGUAGAUUCCUAAAGGAGAUCGACUCUCCUCCUGCUUUUCUAAUGUUUUAAAAUUGUAUGUUUUCUUCGGUUUAUGAAACACAGUUUUGACUUACAUUAAUUUAAAAGGCUUCUGAUUUUUCUGAAUAACUUGAAAAGAAGAUUGGAAAGUGUCAUGAAAUUUAAUACUGGUCAAUCUCAAGUUAGUCUUCUGAAAGGUGUAUCAGCUACUGGUAGUUGAUUGUACAUCAAAUAAUUUUGAUAACCACUGCCUUUUUAAGUUAAGUUCUUAUUCUUUCAAAUUUCCACUGGUAUAUACAUCUUAGAUACUGAUGAUUUUCCCCUUACCUUACAUUUUAUAAUUCUGUGAAUUCAGUUAUUAGAGAUGCUUUUUGUUCUAUAUAUAUACUUUAUAGAAACACAUCAGAUAGGGCUAUGCCAGAACUUAGUCUGCCUCAUGGGAACUAUGAAAGUUGCAUAAAAUGUUUUCAGUUACAGAUAGUGUGUGAAUUAUCUGCCUUGUGCAGUCUCUUCUUAACAUGUUGGGUUCCCUUUAUUUCCCAAGUAUCUAUAGUAGUUGGAGAGUUUAUUUUUUAUAUUUAAAUAAUAGUAGAAUAUAAAGGACAUGAAAUAAUUGUUGCAAUGCAUUCUCCUAGAUGAAGUGUUUGGUUUGAAUGAAUGUAGGCUUGAAUCUAAAUUCCUGGGCUCACCAUUUUCUCUCUCUCUCUGUCUCUUGGAAUGUUAAGAAAUGUAAAUAAAUCAUUUAAUUAAAAAUCUUGAGGAUGAAAAUAUACGGGCAGUGUGUGGAUACUGGUUAGAGCUCUGUUAAGGUGGGUUGGAUGCAUUGUAAAAGGUCAUAGGUGUUCCUGUUGAUGUCUUCAGGUGAGUGUUUUAAGAAUUUGAAAGUGCUCGUAAAGGCAAAAGGAGAAAAAUUAUCAAGAUUUUAAAGAAAAGAUUCGUGUCUCUAGGUAUAUGGUGGGAAACUGGGCAUUUCUCUGGCACAAGCAGUAUCAGUGUAUCUAUUGGGUGCUGGCUGUGUUACCUUAGAUUUCAAUGGAAUAAUGGACUGUUCAGUUGGAAGGUAUACUGUUUGUUCCAAGGUGAAUUCUUCUCUGGUACAACAUUACACCAGACGACCAUUUACCUUGAAACAGUUAGUAUGCCGUUACCCUAAGCAGUUGUGAACAUUUAGUGUUGUGAGAUUUAGAUAAAAUAUUAAGUUGGGUCUGAAAUCCCCAUCAUCAUUAUGGCAUUUAAUUUUUUUCUUUAUAAUCUGCAAACUGAUUCACAGCAUUGAAAAUAAUUUAAAGAAAUCUCCUCACAUCCUUUACUGUUUAGAUGAAAACUGAGGCUCAGAGAUCUUCACUGACUUCUCCAAAGACAUGUGUCUGCUUAGUCUGCUUAGCCCUGCAAAAAGCAGGGCUUAAACUUGGGUACUAAGAAUGAGUUUUAAGCUCAUUUCCUAUAUACCAAUGAUUGCGGGCAAAGGACAUCAAGCAGUGAGGCUGUGGGAAAUGAACCAGAGGCUCUGGGUGAGUAUUGGAGGAAUGGAUGCGAAGGGACACGCCAGCCCAGUGACCACGGGAAAGUCCUGAGGCUUUUGGCUUUCCAACAUACAGAAAUCAUAGCUAAGGCAAGAGAGAAAGAUAAAUCAGCUGUAUUUGUUAAGAGAUCCAGAGGCAACUUUACAGGUAUAUUUUCAUCUUCACUUCUGGAAACAUACAUUCAUGAGAACUGUCCAUUUUCACAUUAUUUUCCCAAAUUCCUUUAAAAAUAAUGGUAGAAUAUGCCUGAGGGUUGCUGAAAUUGCUUUCUACUUGCAAAAAUUUGUGGAAAGACUAUUUUCUUUUUAAAUGUAUGCUACUUAAUUACUUGCCAUUUAAAGUUAGCCUUUUUAGGAAGUUAACAGUGUGAUCAGUGGUUUGAUUGACCUUCAUUGGUAAGAGGUAGGUUGUUUGUUUUUUUCAGGAAAGUGCUAAGCAUGAGAGACAAUUUGUUGUAAAUACUCAUCUACAGAUAAGAGUCAGAUCCCUAUCCUACCCAAAGUCAUUCUUACUGUAGCAUUUUGCAUUCAUUUAAGCAUUUUUUAAGCUUUUUGCAUUUGUUUGCCAGGGAAGGGCUCUAUAUUAAGCAGUUGACCCUUGCACAGCGCAAGUUUGAGUUGCAUUGGACCACUUACUUAUAUGUGAGUUUUUUCAGUAGUACCUACUACAAUACUACACAAUGGUUGAAUGUUCAAAUUGGAAGGAACCAUGGAUGCAAAGGGCCAACUAUAAAUUAUACACAGAUUUUCAACUACUGGAGAGGUCAGUGCCCCUAAUCCCUGCAUCUUCAAGGGUCAUCUGUAAUUAUAACUAUCAAAUUUUACUUUAUAACUGUGUGUGCAGUAUUUCUUUUAUAAAAAUCAAUUUGCAAUAUUACAUUUCUUAAGUUAAAUAUGUAAAUUUUACUUCUUUUUAAUGUUGAAACUAAUUAUAUCAAAGAAACAUAGGCUAUAAUAUUUUAGCAAAAUGUUAAGAAAGCCAUUUAAGAUAAGAAAGAUUUGAAAUUAUUUUAAAAGUUUAAUGAAAAAGAAGCAGAAUAAAUGAUAAAUAUAUCUUGUUUUAAUAUUUAUUAAUAUAGUUUCAAAUAAUUGGGCUAGAAGUGGCUGUAUAGGUGGUAUUUGGCACUGUAACAUUUAUACAUGUUCUCAUGUAUUUUUAGUUUCAAUUAUGAAAGCGUAUAUAUCUUUUAAAAUGAAAAGUAAGAAACUGCUAUUAAAUAUUUUAGAUGUUUUUUUUACAAAACAAAAUAGAGGUAAUUGAUAACUAAAUUAUUGAUAUGUUUACAUCUAUUGACAGUUUUCAUUGAUGUUUAGCAUAUAUGUACUUAUUAUUCAAACUGACUCAGCCUCAACUGAAUAACUAAAUUCAGUAUUCUCAAACUCUUAACAGUAUGAUGUUUUACAUUACAUACAAAUAGAAUUGGAGAUUCAGCUAUAUUCUAUAAAAUAUAUUAAAAAUUUGCAAAACCAGAA